GGAACGCGCGCGCUCCGCGUGACGUCACUACCGGGAUAUCCGAAAGCGCGCCGCUUCGCCCGCCGCCAUUUCUGCUGCCCCCAUCUGCAUCUGCAGUGUUCGCUUCCAGCCAGGUGAUAUAAAGUAUGGCUGCACACGAGGAACCCCAAGUACAGUUCAAGUUGGUGCUGGUAGGAGAUGGAGGUACCGGCAAGACCACAUUUGUGAAACGCCACCUCACGGGAGAGUUUGAGAAGAAGUAUGUUGCUACACUGGGCGUGGAGGUGCAUCCCCUGGUGUUUCAUACCAACCGUGGCGCUAUAAAAUUCAACGUGUGGGACACAGCUGGCCAGGAAAAGUUUGGUGGCCUGCGUGACGGUUACUACAUCCAGGGUCAGUGCGCCAUCAUCAUGUUCGACGUGACGUCACGUGUGACAUACAAGAACGUGCCGAACUGGCACCGUGACUUGGUGCGGGUUUGUGAGAAUAUCCCCAUCGUCCUGUGCGGCAACAAGGUGGACAUCAAGGACCGAAAAGUAAAGGCCAAGGCCAUUGUCUUCCACCGCAAGAAAAACCUACAGUAUUAUGACAUCUCGGCCAAGAGCAACUACAACUUUGAGAAGCCGUUCCUGUGGCUGGCGCGCAAGCUGAUUGGAGACCCCAACCUGGAGUUUGUGGCCAUGCCUGCGCUGGCCCCACCGGAGGUGCAGAUGGACCCCCAGCUGGUGGCACAGUACGAGGAAGACCUCAAGGUUGCCCAGGCGACCGCUUUGCCCGACGAAGAAGAUGACCUGUGACCUCCGUGUGCAUCACCACCGGCAAGCUCGUCUCGCGCGUGCGGUCUAGUUCUAUAGGCGGCAGCAUCCCGGCCUCUCCUCCACUGCAGCUGGUUCAUGCCCACCACACACGACACGGCGUCUAGCCCAUGAGCGUUGAAACUCCCCUUCCUUACAAAAGCAACGAACUCUAGUUUCAGCUUUCACAAUGCAUGAAACAUGCUCCCCGCCAACAGGUGUGGUAUUUGCUUAAUAAUUUUAACAUAUUUGCAAGGUUCGGGUAUUUAAAAUCUGUUGGAAACAUGACUAGCAACAGCCCUGAGUAAACGCGGAAGCUGUAGUACUUGUAGAGCAUUGCGAAUUAUCGAUUAUCCACUGUAACAAUUUGCUCAAUGUGAGAUUAUUUUAUGUUGUAGACGGAUUCUGGAUCAGUGUUGUAUGCGUCAUGUGGUUCAUUUCUCAAGUUAUUAAACUCUUACCAUUGUCAACAGUCCAACAUUUUUUUUGUUUGUCGAGACAAGGUGCAAAAAUGCCUUAAAUGUGUGGGGGGAAAAGUGAAAUGUUUAAAUUCCAAACGAAGAGGUAAUUUUCUGCCCUGGGCUAUAUAUCCUGAGUGGAUUGUGGCAAUAAUAUUAAACUUGCUUCCUGACAGACUUGUUUAACUAGUGGACUGAAAAAGAUAAUACAUUUAGUUGCCACAGAAAGUGCCAUUUACACGGUUUGUGUAAAAGCUCUUGGAAUUGCACCUUGGUUAAUCCGGGUGACUGUUUUAAAGCAACCCUGCGUUAUCUGUUGGACUGACAGCAGCAUAUGGCCCAAAUUUGAUACAACUGGUCAUUGGAACAUGCACCUCAUAGCCAGUUUGUUUUUGUUAUAUUUGUUUGGGAGUGUUUUGUAUCAACUUGGUUUGCUCUGCGAAUAAAAAUGCUGUGGAAUAAA